AUGGCGGAUACGUUUGUUAAUGUUAAUGCUAACAAUAACAACAAACGUAGCCACGAAAACUGCGUUGCGGAGGGCAAAGACGCGAAGAAGCUUUACAAAUUCGCCAAUGGGAAUGACCACCAUAACGUGGACCCAGCUGCCGCAUUAGCAGACGUCCGCCAUGAAUUCGGCGAACACGGCGGUGUUAACAUGUCGAUUGAACCAUCCGCGACAUACACCGUCAUGGAGCCGGACCAUCUCCGACAAAUGUUUGUCGGAGAGCGUGGUCCCCAUACUGAUUCCUAUGUUUACAGCCGUCAUUUUAACCCAACCGUCCUCAAUCUCGGCCGUAAGCUGGCAGCGCUGGAAGGCACCGAGGCGGCCUAUGGCACUGCCAGUGGGAUGUCCGCCAUUGCAUGUGUUUUGCUACAGCUUUUGAAUUGCGGCGGACAUUUGGUGGCUUCUAGUACUCUCUAUGGUGGAACCCACUCGCUCAUCGAGCAUUUCCUUGCUAGGACAUGCAACAUAACUGCAACUUUUCUUGAUAUCUCCGAUUUGGAAGCGGUGGAGAAUGCGAUUGUGGAAGGAAAGACGAAAGUGCUGUAUUUUGAAUCUAUAGCGAAUCCAAGCUUGAAGGUGGCGAAUAUUCCCGAGCUGGUUAGAAUUGGACGCAAGAAGGGAGUGACUGUGGUGGUUGACAACACGUUUGCGCCCAUGGUUAUUUCUCCGGCUCGUCUUGGAGCAGAUGUUGUCGUUCACAGCCUUACCAAGUUUAUCAGUGGUGGCGGUGACAUUAUUGCAGGAGCGGUGUGUGGGUCUAAAAGUUUUGUGAAUUCUUUGAUGGACCUUCAACAAGGUGGGAUAAUGCUGUUAGGUCCAACAAUGAAUGCAAAGGUAGCAUUUGAAAUUUCAGAAAGAAUUCCACAUUUGGCCAUUCGGAUGAAAGAACAUAGUCGUCGUGCAUUGGAAUAUGCUACCAGACUCAAAAAACUUGGAAUCAAAGUCCAUUACCCAGGAUUAGAAGACCACCCACAACACGAACUUUUGAAAUCCAUAGGCAAUAAGGAAUAUGGAUUUGGUGGGAUUCUUUGCAUUGAUGUGGGGUCAGCGGCAAAGGCUAACCAAGUGAUGAACUACUUGCAAAACUAUUCUCAAUUUGGUUUUAUGGCUGUUAGUUUAGGGUACUAUGAAACCCUUAUUUCUUGCUCUGGGAGUAGCACAAGUAGUGAGAUGAAUGAAGAGGAACAAAAACGUGCUGGAAUCACACCUGGACUUGUAAGGAUGUCGGUUGGAUAUGUUGGAACAUUGGAGCAGAAAUGGAGUCAGUUGGAAAAGGCUAUUGUUAAAUUUAAUCUUGAAAAUGAAAAGAAGGAGAAGUGA